AUGAAUCAUGAUGGCGAAACUGAUGAUGAUCUACCUAGUCCAUUUCCAUAUUCUGGGAUUUUAGUUAGUGUAGCUGAUCUUUGGUUUGGAUGGGGCUCUAGCUUGUUAUUCGUCAUGAGAGAGGAAACUCACUCGGCUAGAGUGAGUCGUGUCGAGUUCAUAUUGGGAUCAGCACUGCGAUCGCAUUCUUCAACCCUGUCCGAUGAAGGCGUUGCUGGCCUGCCGGUGGCUAAAACUACUCCUCAGAGUACUACACAGUAG